AAGUCAGCUCAAUAGUCGGUGGCUUUAGAAGACGCACUUGCACUGGCCAAUGCCAAUGGGAACUGAAGAUCGAGUCAAAUGAACUAUUCGAGUUGGCUAAAAAAUGCUUUGGAGAGGCUGCGAAAGAAGCAACACCAGCAUUUCAUUACGCAGUACGCAAUCAGUACGCAUCGCAAUUCGCAAGCGGAAUGCUGGAACAUUUGGACCGUCCAGCAGUCGCGGCAACGGACUGUUUACAGUACCACUACCAGCGAGAGUUGCAUGAUAUGACAGCCAUGAAAGUAAUAUUUUCAGUGCACGUUGGAGCAGGAAUAAAAUUAUGA